CUCUCUCUCUAUCUCUGCAUUUUAUCCCAACCAUGGCAGCUUUCUCUCUCAUCCUUUCUCUCACUUUAGGGUUUAUUAUCAUCUUCACCCUGCUGCUAUCAUCAUCCCUAUUACUUUCCAACAAACGACACCGUUUCAAACUCAAACAAUUCAUUGCAUCCAUCAUCCCCAACCCAAAGCUCCCUCUUCUGAGCAACACCGCCUGCCUUAUUUCCUUCUACAAGAACCGCCGCCGUUUGCUGAGCUGGUACACCGACCUCCUGUCCGAGUCAGCAACUCAGACCAUCGUCGUUCACCGCCUGUGGGCCCCACGCACCAUCGUCACCGCAAACCCAGAUAACGUGGAGUAUAUUCUCAAGACCCGCUUCUCAAACUUCCCCAAGGGGAAACCCUUCACAGAGUUGCUCGGAGAUUUUCUCGGCGUCGGGAUUUUCAACGUCGACGGCGGUCAGUGGAGCGUGCAGCGCAAGUUAGCAAGCCACGAGUUCAGCGCCAAGUCUUUGAGGGAGUUCGUGGUCAAAGUUCUUGAAGACGAAGUUUCGAAGAGGUUGAUUCCGAUUCUCGAGAACGCGGCCGAAAACGGCGGCGUGCUGGACAUGCAGGAGGUGCUGAGGAGGUUCGCUUUCGAUACUAUAUGCCACGUGUCACUCGGGAUUGAUCCUUGCUGUUUGGACUUUUCGCGGGCUCCGCCGCCGCUCGCGGCGGCGUUUGACGCCGCGUCGGAGAUUUCAGCCAUGCGCGGCGCCGCCCCGGUGUCUGCUGUGUGGAGGUUGAAGAGGGCGUUGAAUCUGGGAUCGGAGAGGGAGUUGAAGGAGGCGGUGAAGCUCGUUCGCGGCUGCGUUGACGAGAUGAUAUCGGAGAGAAUCAAGAACGGCGGUGGCGGCGGUGGCGGAAGCGGCGGUGGUGGUGAUCUUCUGUCCAGAUUUUUGGGGGCGGGGCUGGAGGAUGAGAUGGUGAGGGACAUGGUGAUAAGUUUUCUGAUGGCGGGGAGGGACACCACCUCCUCCGCCGUGACGUGGCUGCUCUGGCUUCUCUCCGGCCACCGUGGAAUCGAGAAACGGGCGGUGGAAGAAAUUGCCUCCAUCGGAGAUACUACUCAACGACAACUGGGUUUCGACGAUUUGAAGGAGAUGAAUUUCAUACAGGCGUGUCUGUGCGAAUCGAUGAGGCUUUACCCGCCGGUGGUGUGGGACUCCAAGCACGCGGCGGAGGACGACGUUCUGCCGGACGGAACUCCGGUCAGCAGAGGAGACCGGGUCACUUACUUCCAGUACGGUAUGGGGAGGAUGGAGGAGCUCUGGGGUCCAGACCGGCUCGAGUUCAGACCGGACCGGUGGCUCGAUCGGGCCGGUUCGGUGAAAAAGGUGAGCCCGUAUAAGUAUCCCGUUUUUCAGGCGGGCCCACGUGUCUGCCUUGGGAAAGAAAUGGCCUUCAUUCAAAUGAAAUAUGUGGUGGCAUCUGUCCUAAGCCGGUUCGAACUCGUGCCGGUUCGACCGGAGACGCCGGCUUUUGUUCCUCUGCUGACGGCGUAUAUGGCCGGAGGUUUUAAUGUUAGGGUUCGCCGCCGGAGGGGGCAGGAGUGAAGAUGGUGAUGUAUUGAGUAAAAAAUGGUAUAUAUGUAAUUUUAUGUUUGAUGAAUAAUGUAUUAUUUAUUGUAUUAAUAUAUUUAGAAAUGUUUACAUA